GGCGCUUGUGGUUAGGUGAGGGAGAUGGGGAGCGAACGACUGUGUCCACUAAUGUUGGACUGGGAGCAGACGGCUGUCCACGCCACGUCUUCAUGACGGCUGUUAAUGCCAUGUUCGCUCUCGGGUGCGAGUUCUCAGAUCAUCCCCCCGAGGAGAAGGAGGCAGCGGCUGCCAUGUUCUUCGAGCGGACACGGGCCUUGAUGAAGAUGGACUUACUCGAGAAUGGCAGCCUUGCUCAUGUCCAAGCGCUCCUCCUCGUGGGACAAUACCUCACAUGCACUCACUAUCCCACGCAGUGCUGGAACAUUGUCGGCUUCGCUUGUCGGAUGGCCAUUGGGCUGGGCCUGCAGUCGUCUCGCAACGAUGCCGGCUUGUCUGACCUCGAACUCGAGGUUCGGCGCCGAACCUGGUAUGGCUGUGUGCAGAUGGAUAUGACUGUAAGCAUGACACUGGGGCGACCACCUUCUGUCUACAUGACGGAGGAGGUGCCACUGCCAAGAGCCAUCGAUGAUGAGUUUCUCGGCCUCGACCGGGAGAACGCCUCGCAACCUCCUGAUCUGCCUUCGCAGCUACUCUUCACCCGGCACAACAUCAAGUGCGCCACGGUUCUGGGUACUAUUCUGCGCACAUUGUAUUACCCCUCUGUGGAGGCACGGCCUGCUUACCAGCAGCUUCGCAGCCGCCGAAGUCCCGUAAGCACGGUCGACGAGGACCUACAUUCUAUCCUCCAACUAGACUCCCAGCUCGAAGAGCUUGCAAACCAAGUACCAGAGCCGCUGCGAUGGGAUCGCACCGACCUCCCGGCGGGCUUGGAUGAACGAGGUCGGAUACUGAGGCGGCAAACAAAUGUCCUCCACGCGCGGUACUUGCACACCAAGAUUCUGCUGUAUCGGCCUAGCUUCACGAGCUUCUGCGCCGGCGCACAUGCACACCCCAAGGAACCUGCAGCUGAAAGCCCUAAAUACCGUCAGCCAGCCAGUCUCAGCAACUCGCUUCAGUUCAACACAGCCGUGGACUGUGUUAGAAUCGCCUGCGCCCUUGUGGAGUCCGUCAAGAACGCCACGAUCGCAGAUGUCACUGGUGCCUGGUGGUUUCGUGUCUUCUACCUCCUAACGUGUUCCGUCAUAAUCAUCAUCGCCGACUGCACCCCGCCGCUGCGCCGAAAACUAGGCUCGACCAUGCUGGACAAGGCGUGGGACGACUGCAUCGAGGCCCUUAGCCUCAUAGGCCAAAAGAGCUUGCGCGCUGAAUCUUACUUGCGCUCUCUCCAGCUCCUGCGGCAGCGGAGUUUGGCCAUGGUCCAAAAUGCUUCUCGCGUAAGGUCCCGGCAGCCGUCAACAGCAUAUCCAACGCGGCCAGGAACGCCCAUGGCGCCGGCUCAGCCGAGCCAACAGCAACACAAUCGCGAGAAUGAAGCGCGGCUCACUCCGAAUGAUGUGGUGCACAGUGAGCCUGACAACACGGCACAGGGCCCGGCGAUGAACGAACAACACCAGGAACAGAAUGCACAACAGCAUCCUCAUGACGGUGAAUGGACGGACAGCUUCGACGAGUUUACAGACUUUGACUUUGACAUCCCUGCUCUUCUGGGCAGUUGGGAGGCGGAUCUCAAUGACAUGCAUGCAGGUGGCCAUGGCGCGGGCCCAGGAUUGAAUAGUCUUGGCUACUCAGUUUCUGCCUUUUUGUAGCAAAUAUGACCUCAAAGGCGUCGAGAUAUGCCAACGGCUCGCCUCUGGACGCAUUGUCUUCUAUCUGCUCAUUGUGCUGCGCUUUUGGUAGCUUGGCUGCCUAAGCAACUCCACAUCAGAGAGGACGUAAAUCCUUUGUAUUGCAUACCGGGACACCAAACACUUGAGUGCC